UCUCCCUUCCAGCAUUCAACUUCUAAACGUUCCCACCCAAUUACAGCCUUGAGCCGCGUGUAAUUGGAGCCUAGCGUCGCGUCUGCCACUUCAGAACGGUGUGCUUCCUCGAGAGUCCAGCGCCAGUUCGAUUUCCUCUUUGCGGACAUACCGAAAUGGACCCAGAAGAAGAAACGCCGCGAAUGUGUCCCACUGCAGCUGUGCGAGGUUCAUGGUGCGAUCCGCCAUACGCACCGACUUCGAAAGGUUCCAGCACAAAAAGGAAUAUCAAAUGCAGGGCUUGUAGGGGGAAAAGGCCUGAUCCCAAGAAGCCAGAUGAAGGAGACACAGGUGCUGGCGGUUCCGGCUCAGUGCAGACUGGCACUAGCAUUACUGUGGGAGCGUAAGCUCAUAACAAUUAGUACGGGAACUUUGGCACGAUGUAGCGGCGUUAUCAGGUAAAAGCCGAGCCGGGCUCGAGUAGGACAUUA